AUGUUCAGGACUGUGUCACAGGCCUUUAGGGGUCUUCACUGCUCCUCAGUUCCUCUUUCAGCAAGAAUGUUCAACAAAGGAGCAGAUAAUCGAUCCCUGGCUGAUAGAGUGGCUGUGGUCACUGGCUCUACAAAAGGGAUAGGCUUUGCCAUCGCCCGGCGUCUGGCCCAGGAUGGGGCACAUGUGGUCAUCAGCAGCCGGAAGCAGCAGAAUGUGGAUCAAGCCGUGGCCACAUUGCAGGGGGAGGGGCUGAGUGUGACAGGCACCGUGUGCCAUGUAGGGAAGGCUGAGGACCGUGAGUGCCUCGUGGCCAAGGCCCUGGAGCAUUCUGGGGGCGUUGACUUCCUGGUGUGUGUGGCAGGAGUCAAUCCCUUGGUGGGAAGCACUCUGGGAGCCAGUGAGCAGAUCUGGGACAAGAUCCUGGAUGUGAAUGUGAAGUCCCCUGCCUUGUUGCUGAGUCAGCUGUUGCCCCACAUGGAGCAGAGGAAGGGAGGCUCUGUCAUUCUGGUGUCCUCUAUAGCAGCUUACUUGCCAUUACCAAAGCUGGGCGUCUACAACACCAGCAAGACAGCUCUGUUGGGCCUCUGUAAGUCUCUGGCUGUGGAGCUGGCUCCAAAAGGCAUCCGAGUGAACUGCCUAGUGCCAGGAAUAAUCAAGACUGAUUUUAGCCAAGUGGUGAGAAGUACCAGUGCCUCCUCUAGCUCCCCACCCUCUUUGUUUGGGGAGCCAGAAGAAUGUGCGGGGAUCGUGUCCUUCCUGUGCUCUCCAGCUGCCAGCUACAUCACAGGGGAGAACAUUGCGGUGGCCGGCUUCUCUCCUAAGCUGUGAAGAGAGUACGUGGCUUAGAGAGUGGGGUUGAGGAGCUCAGUGGAAAA